CAUGAACAUACACAAUAUCCUGUACCUGAAUAUCAUGUCUUCUCGCUAUUUCAAGUCUCUUUAUGAAAAGAAAACCUACCAUGAAGUCAUUGAUGAGAUUUACUAUAAUGUAUCAUCACUCGAACCAUUUUUCAAAGGAACCAAUGCAACCUCGGCAUUUUGUCUACUCUACAAGCUAUUUACUUUAAAACUAACAGAGAAGCAGUUGGAAGGAUUGCUGGACCAUCCUGACUCACCCCAUAUUCGUGCACUAGGGUUUCUGUAUUUAAGAUACGCAGGUCAACCAUCACAGAUCUGGGACUGGUUUGAACCUUACUUGGAUGAUACUGAAGAACUUCCUGUUCGUGGUGGUCCACACCCAAAAACCAUGACGAUAGGCACGUUUUGUAAAGCAUUGUUGACGGAACAAAAGUGGUUUGAAACCAUGCUACCUAGAAUUCCUAUUCCUAUAGCUCGUGAGAUUGAACAGAAACUAAAAGAUCGGGAAAACUCCAAAACUGGACCGCCUGCUGAUGUUGAGAGAAUGAGCAGAGACAAUGAUCGCACUGUCUCUAGAAGAUCUGUUUCUCCUCCUCCACGACGACGAUCUAGAGAAUCGUCAAGAGAACCAAGCUCGAGCCGUCGGUUUAGUAAAGAUCGUUAUAGACAUAGUCGAGCUAGGUCGCCUGUUGAUCGUAGGAGACGUAGUCGGUCAAGGUCGCCAAUUGAUCGACAUCGAUUUGACAGGGACGACUCUCAUUCUAAAAGAGACCAUGAUCGUUCAAGACAUAGAUCGCAUUCAAGAUCACCUCGUCGAUCUCAUGAUGACCAUUACAGCGAUACUUUUGGCUCCUCUCGUGAAAAAUCACCACAUCAAGACUCAAGGUCAAGUGCACAAGAACGACUUGCUGCUCUCAAGGAUCGAUAUGGAGAUUCCUCAGACUCCAUCAAGAAAAAAUAAAAAUAAAAGAAAGUAGCCAUACCAUGUC